AAAGCCACCACCAGCAAAGUCUUGAAGCCCUCUUCAAAGCACAACGCACCCAAGUUGAACACUGAGUUACUGAAAUCAGCUUUAGGUCAAGAUUCCAACCCCAAGGAGGCAACAGCUGGACAUCCAGAUAUUCAAUGGCCUUUAACCAUCAUCAAGCGCUUCUCCAAAUUGGUCCAUGAGCAUCGUAAUGAGAAAUAUCAAGAGUUGAACAAAUUGACUCCAGUAGCUCUCUCAAAGAUAAGCGCCGCUAUGACUCAAGAGUUCCCAAAUCAUGCUAAAUUGUUUAGUGUUGUUGACUUGGAGAAACAAUUGAAUUACAUUGUGAAGCUUUAUUUGUUUUACUAUCUUCCUUCUAUCGGUUUGAAGUUUGAUGGAAUCACAUCAUCUUGAAUGGAAUUGUCGUUUUAAAGAUAAGGCAAGCGCUAAAUAUAUGUCAUAUGAUGAUUUCUAUUGGGACGCCAUUACCAAUAAUCUUUACAUUCAUUCAAGAAAGUUUGGUAUCAGAAAAUUGGGGAAGGAAAGCAGAGAUGAGUUCAAAUUGUUCUUUGAGGCAGAUGUUGAAUAUGUUUAUACCUUGAAAGAUUUUGUUGAUGAUUUACAAACUCAAGCUGCUAAAAGGGUCAAAUAUUUAGAGAAGAAAUUUGCAGAUCCCAUCAGUGAGGCUGGAAAAUUAAGAAUGAAAAGCUUAAGACUUAUCCUUAAGAAACCUGAUGAUAAAACAGAGGAAGAUGAACAAAAUCAUAAGGACAUAAAUGAGCAAAUCAAGGUGAUUGAAAUGAAGUAUAAAGAUGAAUUCAAAGAGAUAGAUGACUCUAAAAGGGCAUUGUUCAAGGCGAAAGUCGAAGCUGUCAUAAAAUUGAUAGAUUCUCCAAGUUGGAGAAGUAAGCUCACAAAUAGAGAGAUCGAUUGGGCUGAUAUGAUUUUUAAUGAUGACUUUGAAGAGGAAUACUUCGAUGAGAUUUUGAGCGAGAAAACCAAUAAGAAGAAGUUUGAAACUUUCCGUAGGAUUUUGGGUGAAUUUAUGUGA